AUGAAACACUUUCCAACUUCAUGUAUGGAACAGGCAGCCACAGAAGCUCGAAUGUCUUCCUUUGAAUCGAGGCUGACUGCCUUCGAGUCUGUGAUCGAGAGAGCCACAUCUGUCAUAAGUACAGCGAUUUUGCUACCUACACAGCCCGCAGUUGCACUCGAAACAUCAACCCAGCCAGUUCAGCAGGAGAACAAAACUCCCAAAAGCAUACAAUUGAGCAGCUCAAAAAACCCCGUGCUACCACCACCGCAUAUCCUACUCUUUGCUGCAGACGUGUACUUCAGAUAUUGUUACAAUCAUCCGUACUCACUUUUCCACGAAGGCCGCUUCCGCCAACGCUUGGUAAGUGGCGAAAUUCCUGAAUAUCUCGUGUGGGCUUUCCUAGCUUCUGCACGGCGGUUUUCGACCAUUCCUCAUCAUAACUUCGAAGGCGGUGAUAGCGUGGGAUCUUUGGCCAAGAGAUCAUGGGAAACUUUCAAUGUGCCAUGGGAUGGUCCCAAAACCAGCGACGAAGCCCUUUCAAUACUCCAAACAGUUAUCAUCCUUGUCACGGUUGAGCAUACAGCUGGUGAUUGCUCUUCUGCAUUCUUGAAACUCGGGUUCGCUACCAGGAUUGGCCAACUCUUUCGCUUUCAUAUGGAGCCUGAUUCGAGUCUUGAUGCAAUUUCGCAGGAAGAGCGAAGAAGGGCUUUCUGGGGUAUCCACUUGCAGGAUCGAUUGAUGUCACUUUCUCGGGAACGGCCGCCAAUACUCCGAGACGAAGAUUGUACAGUUCAUUUACCUUGCUCGGACGAUGCAUUCCAUGCUAAUCGCUACGAGGAUGCGCCAAGCCUCGCGUUCCUACUUGGAGACGGCGCUGAGGGAGAUUGUGUCGAAAAAUGUGCGCCAUUGGCGCUAAUACCUGUAAUGGUAUCAGGAUUGAACCGUGUCUCUCAAUAUGUACUGCAGGACCGAAGCUAUUCUCUCGCCCCAUCACCCUGGUUAUCGAAUUCUCCAUUUGCAACUAUAGAGUCGUUCCUCUCCAGUCUAGACAUGCAUUUCGAUAUUGGUGAACCAUUGGACGAGAUGUUGGAACGAGUUGCGGUCAAAGAUGGGGUUUUUGAUCAUUUCACUGCAAGUCCAAUUCUCUAUGCAAGAGCCCUGUACUCCUUGUCACAAUGUCUACUACACCACCCUUUUCUACUUCGAGACCGACUACAAAAGACGAAUCAAAAGGUUCCAUCACGAUUUAUGGCGCGAGUAUGGAAGACAUGUCGUCUACAUGCGAAACUUAUCACCGACAUUCGACGUGUUAGAAAUGGCAAUGUGCUCAUUCUCACUUCUUUCUAUGGCUACUGCACAAUGAUGGCCGGCACCAUCCAUGCUCUCUCGCAGCACGAUGACGACUUAACGACCCGAGAGGAAGCGACAAAGAAUUUUGAAGCUGACCUCCUAUUCAUGCGAGAGCUAUCGGCGUACUGGCAACAUGCAGCUCUGAUAGCUAAUAGAUUGGAGAGGUUCAAUCGCCACAGCGCCGAGUAUUAUCGUCAAAUAAUGCGGCCAACCACCACAGAAUCCGAAGCGCAGUCCGAAGGCUCAACACAGGCAAUCUGGCAGGCAGUAGACCACUGGGCCCUUUCGAUGCCAACACGACCCAAUAGUCCUUUGCAAGGAUCAUCAGACCCAGCGAGUUGCACAAACACCAGCAUGCUUUCACCUCACGCGAUCUUUGACUUUGGUGACCUGGGCAUGUUGGAGCCUUUCCCGGACACGGCUAAUGACCCCUGUGCCUUUUCGCUGGCAAACUUCACAUUCGGUGACGGUGAAUACGGAAGUCUGGGGUUAUACUAG